UGGCAUCUGCUGGUCCAAACAGGAAGACGCUCCAGAGCGGCGCUCAUUGGCUGUUGCCAUGACAUCGCUUCGUUGGAUAUGCGGACGCUGAGGAGUGAAGCAUUCUGGGAUAUUGACACAAAUUUGCAGCGAUGCUUUGGUGAAGAUUUACUCAAGACUAAAACACUCUACAAAAAUGAAGCGUGUUUUCACCCUCACAGACAGAGCUUGGUUGGGGUCCUGUCUCCAGUACAAAUGGCAGAAGACCCUGGGGAACUACAUCGCUGUCGCAGGAUCUGACAGCUCAGUGAAGAUAUUUGACAGACAUGGACAGAGGAAGAAUGAACUAAAUCUACCUGGCCGUUGUGUAGGGAUGGACUGGGAUAAGGACGGAGACAUCUUGGCAGUGAUCUCUGACAAGUCCAGCUCCGUUUACCUCUGGGACGCUAACGUCAACAAGACCUCACAGAUAGACAGCGGCAUGAGAGACCAGAUGUCAUUCAUCCUGUGGUCCUGGGCCCCAUUGGCUGUCGGGACCAACAAAGGAAACCUGCUGAUCUACAACCAACAGACGUCACGCAAGAUCCCUGUCCUGGGAAAGCACACUAAGCGUAUCACCUGUGGCUGCUGGAGUUCUCAGAACCUGUUGGCGCUGGGCAGCGAGGACUGCAGCGUAACCAUUAGCAACCAGGAGGGAGACACCGUCCGACAGACGUCGGUGCGUUCUGACCCAGCUGAUGUCCAGUUCUCUGUGAUGAAGACAGACGAGAGGUCUUCCCCAGGAGAGAGCACAGUGAGCGUUGCCGUGGGGAAGAAGACCCUGUUCCUGUUUAACCUCAACGACCCCGACAACCCCAUAGAGCUGGCCUUCCAGCAGCGCUACGGACACAUCAUCUCCUACCGCUGGUAUGGUGAUGGCUACAUCCUGAUCGGUUUCUCUCAGGGUUAUUUUGUGGUGAUCUCCACCCACAUCAGAGAGAUCGGUCAGGAGCUGUUCCAGGCUCACAACCAUAAAGACAGUCUGACCAGCGUUGCCAUUUCCUCUGCUCUCAACAAGGCUGCUUCCUGUGGGGACAACAGUAUAAAGAUCCAUGAUCUGUCUGAGCUGAAGGAGAUGGACGCCAUCGUCAACCUGGAGGAUGAGACUCAAGGUCUAGACCAGUUGAGCUGGACAGAUGAUGGUCAGUUGUUGGCCGUCUCCACCCAGAGAGGAUCCCUGCACGUCUUCCUGACCCGUCUCCCCAUCCUGGGGCACAGCUGUGGGACCCGCCUGGCCUACCUGACCUCCCUGCUGGAGGUCACUGUGUCUAACCGUGUGGAGGGGGAAGCUCCUGUUGCUGUGGCGGUGGAGGUGGAGCCUAACUUCAUCGCCGUGGGACCCUACCACGUUGCCGUGGGGAUGAACAACCGAGCCUGGUUCUACGCCCUGGGAGACUCCGGUGUGGAGAGGCUGAAGGACAUGGAGUAUUUGGGGACGAUCGCCACCAUGUGUCUGAACUCAGAGUACGCAGCGGCUCUGUUCGAGGGCAAAGUACAGCUACACAUGGUUGAGGGCGAGGGCCAACAGGAACAGAGACAGACCAGGCUGUUUCCAGACGGAGACCGUAAAGAACACAUCGUCAGUCACGCCCUCACUAACGACUUCCUGUUCUACGGGACUGAUAGUGGUGUGAUAGUGUGUAUCCUGGUGGAAGACUGGCAGAUGUUGACCGAGUACCGCCACCCAGUCGGCAUCAAGAAGGUGUUCCCUGACCCCAACGGAACGCGGCUGGCCUUCAUCGACGACAAGAGUGACGGCUUCCUGCUCUCUCCUGUGGCUGUGAAUGACUCCCAUAUAGAGAUUCCUAGUUUCUCUCCCACCAUCACUGGGGUCCUGUGGGAGACCUGGCCCUCGGACAAAGGAGUGUUCGUAUCUCUCUCUGACUGCUGUGUGUGUGUGUGUGUGUGUGUGUGUGUGUGUGUGUGUGUGUGUGUGUGUGUGUGUGUUAACCAGGUGAAUGACUCCCAUAUAGAGAUUCCUAGUUUCUCUCCCACCAUUACUGGGGUCCUGUGGGAGACCUGGCCCUCGGACAAAGGAGUGUUCGUGUCCUUCGACGACGACAAAGUCUACACCUACGCCAUGCAUAAAAACACCAUCUACGGUCCCAGGGUAGUGUUUGUAGGCAGCACCAAGCUGCCUUUCUCCCAUAAGCCCUUGCUGCUGUAUAAUGGUGAACUGACGUGUCAGACCCAGAGUGGGAAGACCAGCAGCGUGGCUCUGAGCACACACACCUUUCUCACACACACACACUCCCCCAGUGCACACACACACACCUUUCUCACACACACACACUCCCCCGGUGCGCACACACACACACCUGAGGAGCUCGGCAAGCAGCUCACACAGGCGCUGAUGCUCAAGAGGUUCCCCGAGGCGUGGGAGCUGUGUAAGGUGCUGGGCGGCCCGGCGGGCUGGGCUGAGAUGGGCCGGUCCUGUCUGAUACACAUGGAGGUGGAGCUGGCAGUACGGGUGUUCCGGAUGAGUGGCAACGUUGGCAUGGUGAUGUCACUGCAGGGCAUCAAGGGUAUAGAAGACAGGAGUUUGUUAGCAGGUCAUCUGGCUAUGUUCCUGAAUGACUAUAACCUGGCUCAGGACCUCUACCUAGAGUCUUCCUGUCCCAACACAGCCCUGGAGAUGAGGAGGGACCUGCAACAUUGGGACAGUGCUCUGAUGCUGGCUAAGAGACUGGCUGAGGACCAGAUACCGUUCAUAUCGAAGGAGUACGCUGUUCAACUGGAGUUCAUAGGAGACUACGUGAAUGCCCUGUCUCACUAUGAGAAAGGUAUGACCCACAACAACAAGGAGCAUGAUGAGGCAUGUCAGGGGGGUGUGGCCAGGAUGUCAAUCAGGAUGGGUGACAUCAGAAGAGGCGCGGCCCAGGCCAUCUCUCACCCGAGCAGAGGCCUGAAGAAAGACUGUGGGGUUAUACUGGAGAACAUGAAGCAGUUCUCUGAAGCAGCCCAGCUGUAUGAGAAGGGGCAGUACUAUGACAAGGCUGCCUCAGUCUACAUACGCUGCAAGAACUGGUCUAAAGUAGGAGAGUUACUCCCUCAGGUCUCCUCUCCUAAGAUCCACCUGCAGUACGCCAAGGCCAAGGAGGUGGACGGCAAGUUUAAGGAGGCUGCCCAGGCCUAUGAGAGUGCCAGGGACUGGGACAACGUGAUCCGGGUGUUGCUGGAUCACCUCAACAACCCUGAAGACGCCGUCCGCAUUGUCAGGGAGACGCAGAGCAUCGACGGGGCCAAGAUGGUUGCCAGGUUCUUCCUGCGUCUCAGUGACUACGGCUCAGCCAUCCAGUUCCUGGUGUUGUCCCACUGUAACGACGAGGCCUUCCAGCUGGCUCAGCAACACGGGCAGAUGGACAGCUACGCUGAUAUCAUCAGCUCUGAGGCCACCCAGGAGGACUACCAGAGUAUGGCUCUCUACUUCCAGGGGGAGAACAAACACCUGCAGGCUGGGAGGUUCUUCCACAAGUGUGGCCAGUACAGCAAAGCCCUGAAGCACUUCCUGAAAUGUCCCAACACUGAUGACAACCUGGCCAUCGAGAUGGCUAUAGAGACGGUGGGCCAAGCCAAGGAUGAGUCUUUGACCAAUGAGCUGAUUGAUUACCUGAUGGGGGAAAGUGACGGCAUGCCCAAGGAUGCCAAGUACCUGUUCCGUCUCUACAUGGGCCUGCUGCAGUACAGAGAGGCAGCAUGUACUGCCAUCAUCAUCGCUAGAGAGGAGCAGUCUGCAGGGAACUACCGUACCGCCCAUGACGUGCUGUUCAGUAUGUACACUGAACUGCAGACACAGAAGAUCAGAAUCCCUGCUGAGAUGAACACCAACCUCAUGAUCCUCCACUCAUACAUCCUGGUUAAGAUCCAUGUGAAGAGAGGGGAGCAUCUGAAUGCAGCUCGCAUGCUCAUCAGAGUCUCCAACAACAUCAGCAAAUUCCCCUCCCACAUCGUACCCAUCCUGACGUCAGCGGUGAUAGAGUGUCACCGGGCCGGUCUGAGGAACUCCUCGUUCAGCUUUGCCGCCAUGCUGAUGAGGCCAGAGUACCGUCACAAGAUCGACCCCAAGUACCGCAAGAAAAUAGAGGCUAUGGUCCGUCGUCCAGACACCAGUGAGAUAGAAGAGGAGACCACUCCUUGUCCAUAUUGUGGUUUCACGCUGCCUCAAUGUGAACUGAUCUGUCCUGGCUGCAAGAACAACCUGCCCUACUGCAUCGCCACGGGUCAUCACAUGCUGAAAGAGGAUUGGUCAGUUUGUCCUCACUGUGAAUUCCCUGCUCUCUACUCCCAGCUCAUCCUGCUGUUGGAGACAGAUAGUGUGUGUCCCAUGUGUUCCGAGACUCUGAGUGUGAACCAGGUGGAGAAGAUGGAUGACUGUUCCAGCUUCCUGCAGCCUGACCAAUCAGAGCACUGAUACAGAGAUCUGUGGUGAUGUGGCCUGGUGGUGUACGACAUAGAGGACUGCUGCUGAGGGGAGGACGGAUCGUCAUAAUGUCUGGAACGGAAACAAUGGAAGCCAUGUGUUUAAUUACCUUCCCACUCAUUCCUCUCAGGACCACGAGCCCGUCCUCCCGGAUUAAGGACCUACCAACCUCCUGUGAUAGGGGAACGGGAGCCAGGGACAUAAUCCACUCCUCCAUGUUUCUCUUCCACCUGUUAAACUGUUGAUAUAGACAGCUGUAGACGUCCUCCUCCUCCAUGUUUCUCUUCCACCUGUCAAACUGUUGAUAUAGACAGCUGUAGACGUCCUCCUCCUCCAUGUUUCUCUUCCACCUGUCAAACUGUUGAUAUAGACAGCUGUAGACGUCCUCCUCCUCCUCCAUGUUUCUCUUCUUCCACCUGUCAAACUGUUGAUAUAGACAGCUGUAGACGUCCUCCUCCUCCUCCAUGUUUCUCUACCACCUGUCAAACUGUUGAUAUAGACAGCUGUAGACGUCCUCCUCCUCCAUGUUUCUCUUCCACC